AAAAAUUCUCCAGUGUCAUUUUUGGUGGUGGGUGAAGCCAGCUUUCAAACCCUUUGCAAAAAUCUUUGGAAAACAAAUGGAAAAGGAGCCCGGCAUGCCAGUGACAGCAAUUCAGCGUGAGGAGCCGAUGCCUUUGAGCGGGAUUUGGGGGUUGUUUUGGGACAGGAGCUGUGUCCGAGGGUUACACCCUCCCUCCUUGGUGUGCGGCACUCACCCCAGCACUCAAAGAACCCGAUGAUUUUCACACUCCUCUCGCCGGGCUCCUUUUCUUGGCUGAGCUCCCGGAGCUGGGAACGGGGCCGGUCCUGCCCAGGCCAGCUCAGCCAGGCUAUCCCAUGGAUAUCCCUAAAGAACCCUCUGCCAGCUCCCCAAACCCAGCCCAGCCCUCCCAGCCUCGGGGACGAGGCACAGCGCGGCUGGCCGGGUGACAUCCCGCCGCAGGUCGCCGUGCGCCCGCGGCUGCCGAGGGGGAGUGGGAAGGGCUGGCUGGGAAGCAGGAGGACAGGGAGCAGCGUUUCCCGGAGGGAAGGAAGGAAGGAUUCCCGGCUGGAGCGGGAGCGGCGGGCGCUGCGGGGCGGAGGAGAGAGGGGGCGGCUCCUCCGCCUGCCUCGGAGGGCUUUUAAUUGCUGUGAAGGACUUCAGUCAAUGCUUUACAUUUAUCCUACCCGGAGGAUUUCAGACACUUCUAAUGGGCUGCUAACCCAGGACACAGGCACAGCAGGAUUUUAACAGUGGGAAGAUGCUGACGGACAGGAAUGAAUCCUGGCUCUCUAAUUUCUCCUCUGCUGCCUCCUCCUUUGCAAGGGGAGGGGUUGGGCUCCAGGAGGUGCUGGUGGGGCUGGUCCUCACCCUCAUCGACGUGGUGACACUGCUGGGAAACACCGUGGUGUUCCUCUGCCCCGUGGUGGAGAAGAGGCUGCGCACUGUCACCUACAUGUUCAUCAUGUCCCUGGCCAUGGCAGACUUCCUCGUGGCCUGUCUGGUGAUGCCCUUCAGCAUCAUCUACGAGGUGACGGGGAUGUGGCUCUUUGGGAAGCUGUUCUGCAAAGUCUGGAUCUCCUUCGAUGUCAUGUUCUGCACCGCGUCCAUCGUCACGCUGUGCUUCAUCAGCCUGGACAGGUACUGCUCCGUGGUCACCCCCUACCACUACUCCAGGAGGAUGUCCCGGGGCAGAUGCAUCGUGAUGACCUGCACGGUCUGGGUCUAUUCCUCCCUCAUUUCCUUCCUUCCUGUCAUGCAAGGCUGGAAUGAGAUCCCCGGGGUGGACUUUGAUGCGGGCAGGGAAUGCAUCUUCGUCACCAACUGGGUUUUUGCCAUCGUGGCUUCCGCCCUGGCCUUUUUCCUUCCCUUCAUGGUCAUGUGCAGCAUGUACUUCUUCAUCUACCGAGCCUCCCGCCUCAAGGCCACGCGCAUCAUGUCCCAGACGCUGGAGAUCCACUACCACCCCAACAGCAAGAGGCAGAACCACCUGCAGCUGGAGAACAAGGCCACGAGGACCAUCAGCAUCAUCAUCUCCGUGUUCGUGCUGUGCUGGCUGCCCUACUUCGUGCUCAAUGUCUGGCUGGCAGCCAGAGGCACCGACUCCACCAGCACCGUGCUGCUCGGCACCUUCAAGAUCAUCACCUGGCUGGGCUACUGCAACUCCACCAUCAACCCCCUGCUCUACGCCUUCCUCAACAGGGACUUCCAGCACGCCCUCAAGAAGCUGCUCCUGUGCAGGCGCAGGUCGCAGGUGGACGCUGGGGAAGACAUGGUUUCCAUAGCCACGUUUUCCAAGACCGCUCCAGAUCUGGAAUACAGCGUGACGGUGCCCAACGGUGCCCCGAAGGGCAAACCCAAGUCAUAGGGAUUCAGGAUCAGUCGCUGGAGGUGGUGAUACAGAAAGUGCUGGAGCACAUCCCAAAGGAAAAACAAAGGGUAGGAAAAGAGGGGAAGGAGGGGCUGGAAUAUUACAGCUGGGGACAAUACAACAAAGAUGCAUUUCUUCACCUUCCACAGUUUCAAUAACGAGAAACUCAGAUAUUUUAGGGGCAAUUUGUUACAUAUUAAUGGAACUAAUUAAUUCCUGGAUAAUUAUUUUUCUAAUGAGCACUUUCUAAGACAAAUUCAACCUUCAUGUUGGGUAAAAAAAACCAAACCGGUAUGGCAUAAUGCGACCUUAUAUUUGUGCACAUCCUGGUGAUCUGUGUCAGGUAUACAGUGUUUCUUAUCAAGCUACUGUAGCUUUUCAUCUCCAAGUUUCAUUGCAGAUUUGACCAGUUUUAAUAACUCCACGUGUGCCAGUCUGUGUAUGGGAAUUAGAGGAGGGAUGUGCUCUCUUCCUAAAGAGGCACCACUCUGCAGCCUGGGCUGUUGCUUAGGGGGUUCAGCUCACUGGCUUCUACAACAUCUGGAUAUUCAGAACUUUCCGUGGCCUUCUGUGAAUUAUCUGUGGGUUUCCUUGUUCAUUCUGGAAGGGGACAUUCCCUGUGGCAGACCCCAGGAGAUGACAAAGACUUGCUGCAACAGCAGGAGCACUGCAGUUUCAAAGCUACAGCUGGUGACACCAUCUGAAGAUGGGAUGUGAAGAGGAAUUAUUACUUGUACACUGUAGUAAAUACCACAGAGACAUAAAAAAAUCAUGAUAAAUGGAAAUUAUUUUUACUACUCCCAAGUGCUCAUCUGGACUUCCAACAGCACUGGCUCCCUGCAGGAAAGCUACAAGUGCCUCACUGAAGGGUUACUCUGAAAAGGUAGCAGGGGACUGUCCUCAGAGGUAGCAAAUGCAGGAGGACCUGCCUGGAGCAGCUGAGCUACUGAAGAAACCAGCACAAGGGUCAGAAGUUCCCUCUCAAGAGGCUGGUAAAAAAAACAGCCCUGACCUGGGGUUCAACAGAGAUUCUCCUGUGACCCUCUGACUCCAGCAACAACAUGGAAGUGAUCUCUCACUCACCCAGCAAGCUGACAUUUACAAGCUUCAAGAAAACCCAAGACACCCCCCACAAAAAAAAGGAAAAUGGAGCACAAUAUUGGCAAGCACAGCAGCUGGACCCGUCCGCUUAGGAGAGCAAAGGAAAGAAACCGGAAGGGUAAAGCCUGUAAUCACUGCUGCAAGAGAUCUGAGAAUCCAGGAUGGCUCUUUCCCAGGUCACUGGUUGUCACAGAGGAGAGACCUUUCUGGCUGUAGCCCCUGUUCUCCAUGAACUUGCUCCUGAGCAAGAUGGAUCUCACAUUUUAACAGCAAGCAAGAGCUGUAAUGCACCAUCAAACAUCCCAAAUUCACAUCUGCUGCAAUGAAUGUCAGCAGUUAUGGGAAGAUUAUGCUUGAAGCUGAAUGAAACUCACAGCUAAGACUCACUAUAGGAAAAGGAACAGUCAUUUUUCACCAAGUGCUCUGGGUGAAAAAGCACUGCAGUUGCAAAAGAAGGAAGAAAUAAUCAAAAUGCACAGCAUGGUUCCAAUUCUUGAAUGAAAACCAAGCUGGUAGGCUUAAAGUCACAAGCUAUAUUUAUUGCUUGAGCUCUUGGAUAUUGUAGUUCAAUAGUUUCUCUUACUUGGCUUCACAACAGAGGAGCUUUGUCAAGAAAUUAAAGCCUCAAUUCAACCACACACAUUAGGAAGACUGCAGUUUAUUUUCAGUGAUUCAGGGGGUCUGUACAAGGCUGAUAAAGAAGCUGUGCUCCUAGCUGCAAGGCUUUUCUCCAAAGAAAACAGGACAGGAACCUCUUGCCAGUGUUUCACCAAGCAAACAGCUUUUUCAAACAAAUGCUCAAACUGAAGAUAACCCAACACCA